GAACGAGCAGGAGCACUAGACGCAUUGAGCGAAGAGCAAAGAGAAGAGAUUAACGAAGCUUUCUCCCUCUUCGAUUUAGACAAAGACAAUCACAUUGACUACCACGAACUAAAAGUCGCCCUAAAAGCCCUCGGCUUCGACCUCCCGAAAUCAGAUAUCCUCUCCUUACUCCAAACCCAUGGCCCUUCCCGUCUUGUUCUCCCUCAUGCCGCUUUCGUCUCCAUAGCAGCUUCCCGCAUCCUGGCCAGAGACCCCAGAGAUGAGAUUUUGCGUGCCUUUGAGCUUUUCGACGCAGAGGGGAAGGGGAAUAUCAAUUUGAUGGAUUUGAGACGGGUGGCUAGAGAAUUGGGGGAGGGGUUGCAGGAGGAGGAGUUGGUGGCUAUGAUUGAGGAGUUUGAUCUUGAUGGUGAUGGGGCUAUCAGUAGAGAUGAGUUUGUGGGGAUC